AUGGCUCUCCCGCAGCCCAUCGAGUGCAAAGCCGCCGUGUGCUGGUCCGCCAAAGCCGACUUCGUGCUCGAAGACGUCGUCGUCGGGCCGCCGCGCGCGGGCGAAGUGCGGAUCAAGAUCGUGGCCACCGGUGUGUGCCACACGGACGAGUACACGCGCUCGGGCAGCGACCCGGAAGGGCUGUUCCCCGUCAUUAUGGGCCACGAAGGCGCUGGCAUUGUCGAGAGCGUCGGACCGGACGUCACGCGGCUCCAAGUGGGCGACCACGUGGUCCCGUGCUACACGCCGCAGUGCCGCAACUGCAAGUUCUGCCGGUCCAGUAAGACGAACCUGUGCUCGGUGAUCCGGAGCACGCAGGGCAAGGGCGUCAUGCCCAACGGCACGUCCCGCUUCACGUGCAAGCGCAACGGCGAGACGCUCUACCACUUUAUGGGCACGUCGACGUUCGCCGAGUACACAGUGCUGCCCGAGAUUGCCGUGGCCAAAGUGGAUCCGUCGGCGCCGCUGGACAAAGUGUGUCUCUUGGGCUGCGGCAUCACCACUGGCUACGGUGCAGUCGUGAACACGAUGAAAGUCGAGAAGGACGCGACCGUUGCUGUGUUUGGGCUAGGCGCUGUGGGUCUGGCGGUCAUCAUGGGCGCCAAGGCCGUCGGUGCUCGCAGGAUCAUCGCCGUUGACAUCAAUGCCAGGAAAUUCCCCAUUGCAAAGGAGUUUGGCGCGACAGAGUUUGUGAACCCGAACGAUUACCCGGAUCGACCGAUCCAGGACGUGCUGCUGGAGCUGACGGAAGAGGAAGGCUUUGGCGGACUGGACUACACGUUCGAGUGCAUUGGACGACCUGAAACCAUGCGUGCAGCGCUAGAGUGCUGCCACAAAGGAUGGGGCCAGUCGUGCAUCAUCGGUGUUGCUGCCUCCGGCGUCGAGCUGGCCACGCGUCCGUUCCAGCUUGUGACAGGCCGUCGCUGGGCGGGCAGCGCGUUUGGCGGCUUCAAGAGUCUCGACGGGGUGCCUGAACUAGUGACCAAGUACCUGAAGAAAGAGAUCAAAGUCGACGAGUUUAUCACGCACAAGUUUGACCUCUCGCAGAUCAACGAUGCGUUUCAUGCCAUGCACCACGGCGAUUGCAUUCGAGCCAUCGUGUACUUCCACGGCGUGCCCCAGGAAUAG